UGUAGAAUGCUUUUAAUAUGAGUAGUAAUUCUCUUGAGGUAGAAGAGAAAGAGAGUUUAAGCCCUGGAUGAGUAGUUAGUGUGCGCGCUGGGUUGAUUCCUGCCUACACAUGCACUCUUCUUCACCGCCACGUCUGGCAAAGAACAGUCAGAGGAAGAGAGUAUAAAGAGAAGGAAGAUAUAAAACAAGAAGAUGUCGUUCUCGGCAGCAGAGCGAGAGGAGAUUGCAAAGAAAUAUGAUUUCUAUCAUUUACUGGGCCUUGAAGACACAGCUGAUGAGUCUGAGGUUCGACGCGCGUAUCGCAAGUCUGCGUUGAAAUACCAUCCGGACAAGAACAAGUCAGCGAACGCGGUAGAGGUGUUCCAUGCGCUGUCGAUCGCGAACGAGGUGCUGCUUUCGAGCACGCUGCGGCAGGAGUACGAUAACAAGCGGAACGCAAAGAAGAGGGAUCAGGAGCGACAGGCUGCGUUUGAUAGUCGACGGAGGAAAGGCAAGGAGGAUUUAGAACGGCGGGAGGCGGAGGCGAGUAGUGCGCGUAGCGGUGCCCGUGGCGGAAGGCCGGCUACGAGUGACUGGACGUCUGCUCCGUCGUCGUCUGCGUCGUCGUCACAGCAACAGCAGCAGCAGAGGCCGAGAUCAAAGAGGCCGGCGGGGUGGACGGGGCAGAAGGAGGCCGAGUUGCAGGCGAAGAUAGCGCGGCUGCAGGAGCAGAGCCGGAUGUUGCGGGAGCAGCGGGAUGCGAAGCUGCGGAUGCGGGUUUAAAAGAGUUAGGCGUUUUUGUGUAUACUAUUCUUGUUAUUUUUAUUGUUUGUAUAUUAUUCUUGUAUUAUAAUCUGGAUAGUUGUAUUCUAUAAGACCCCGUGAGUAGAUCUACGCACUGGCAGCAGCCUGUGAGUGUGAGCAAAGCCCAACCCGAACUAUUCGACCACUUUUAUCGACUCAACCAACUUCCUCUUCCUGGACCUCGGUCGCUUUCGUCUCCUCCUCCGCCUUUUCAUCUUCCUCCUCGACUCUUCUCUUCUUCCUCUUC